AACAUGGUGUCAACGACAGCAGAGUAUAAAUUAUAUGAUGGAAUUAACACAGAAAAUAAGCUAUUUAGAGUUCGCAAAGAAUGGGUGAUUCAUUUUACCUUGGAUGCCAGUCUAGUUGGAAAAAACGUGAGAUUCUUUACCAAUUAUCCGGAAGUACGUUCACCUUGCUUCAAUCGCACACGAUUCCGUGAAUUGCAUAUAGUCAAUCCCACUAUUAGCAGAUGCCCACAAGAUACCUUUGACAAUUACUUUGAAAUACGUCCUUUAAUCGUAUCUGGAUCGUUUCAAUUUUAUUUUUCAACCGACGGUUCUGACCUUUCUUCUUCGCUUGAAGCGUCUAAGAUUGCUGGCCAGGGCUACUUCAUCGUUGAUCCACGUUUUACUGGAUCCUAUGAAUCUGCCGACGGUGGAGGACGUAAAAUAAACCGUAGUUGGGAUUUAGAUGGAGUUGUCUUACAGACAUAUUUGGCGAAGAAUAUGGGAUUAUUUUCCCAGUGGCCGGACAGAGUAAAGCACGCUCGUAUGGCAAACUACAACAUGCUUCAUUUCACCCCUUUACAGGAGUUAGGAUAUUCCAGAUCGGCAUAUUCGCUCCGUGAUCAACUUAGAGUUAAUCCUGAAUUUUCCCCAAAGGGCUGUGAGAAGCCUGUAGAUUGGGCCGAUAUUGAGAAAUUUGUCAAGUUUUUAGAGAACGAAUGGUCUACCUUAAGUAUGACAGACUUAGUCUUCAACCACACCUCUAAUGAUAGCAAAUGGCUUCACGAGCAUCCUGAAUGUGGAUAUAAUGUAGUCAAUUCACCUCACCUUGCUGGUGCUUACAUACUUGAUCGCAUAGUUUGCCGCUUGACCCAAGAAGCUGAAGCUGGACGGCUGAGGUCUGUUGGAAUUCCCGAAUGUCUCUCUAAUGCAUCAGCUGAGUCGGGAGCUGUUCGAUCUUGGCUUUAUGGAGAAAUUGAAAAGGCUCGGGUACAUGAAUUCUAUCAGGCCGACAUCGAUGCAGUGUGUUCAGAGUUUUGUGAGUGGUUAUGUAAGUUUACCUUUAGAUUUGAGAGUAGCACAUAUGCUGCACGUUCAACUAUUUUAAUAAUUACUGACACUAAAAUUAUCUAA